GCGAACUCAUCAAAAUUUGCUCUAAAAAAAAGACAUCUGCGAAGACUUUUGAGAGCGGAACACAACGAUGGCGGCAGAAGAAAAUUGGCAAACGAAACUAUCAACCAUUGCCGAGAAAACCGCUUUCAUCUUCAACAAGGAGUUACUGAGCGAUGUAAAAUUUGUCGUUCAAAUGUCGACUGAUGAAAGCGACAGUAAGAAAGUGAUCCCAGCUCACAAGUUUGUGCUCGCAAUCAGUAGUCCUGUGUUCUUUGCCAUGUUCUAUGGUCAAAUGGCAGAGACUAAAGACUCUAUUGAACUGCCUGACUGUGAGUACGAGAGUCUGUUGGAGUUGUUUCGUUUCAUGUACAGCGACAUUGUGAAUUUAAGCGGAAGUAAUGUGAUACAAGUGCUGUACUUGGCGAACAAAUACAUGGUACCCUCGCUCGGCGAGAAAUGCACAGAAUAUCUCCGAGACAACCUGAAAGCAUCAAAUGUGUUUUGUAUUCUGCCGCAUGCGCAGAAAUUUGAAGAUAAAGACUUAGAAGAUCGAUGCUGGGAAGUGAUUGACGAGCAGACAGAAGAAGCUGUUACAUCGGACGAAUUUGUUUCAGUGGAGCGAUCUGUUGUCGAAUCUGUUGUGAAGAGAGAAGCGUUGAAUGUGACGGAAGUGGAACUGUUCAAAGCUGUUGAUCGCUGGGCCACAAGAGAAUGUGAACGGCAAGGGAUAACUUCCGAUGGAGAGACAAAAAGACGAGUUCUUGGAGAAGAUAUUGUUAAUGGAAUACGUUUUCCGUUGAUUGAAGAGAAAGAUUUUGCAUCUGUCGUAUUGGACUCUCACCUCUUGAAUCAUGAAGAGUUAUGCAACAUGAUAAAACACUACAACAAUAUUUUGAAUAUUCCUUUACCGUUCGUACAAGCCCGUCGAGGUAUUUCCUGUAAGCAACGAUGUCAGAGGUUUAACGAGUUCGGCAAAGGCUGGAUUUACAGUGGCAUCAGCCUUGACGGUAUUCUUCUCUCCGUCAACAAGCCUAUCAAGUUACACGGAGUAGAACAUUUUGGUUCUGAGGGCGGCAAGUAUACAGUUAAGACAGACAUUGUUGAUCACAUGGGCAAUACUUUGCUUGUUAGUCGAGCAGGAAAUUAUGCUUCAGAAAAAAGCGAUACCCGCGCUUAUUACGGCUUUGAUGUGUUGUUCGAUCGUCCUGUUAUUUUGGAGGCAAAUAAAGAAUACAAGGUAAAGUCGCUCAUCAAGGGCCCUCCGUCAUGGUACGGCAAAGAUGGGCAAACACCAGUGGAGUGCCAGGGAGUGCAAUUUACGUUUCGUUGUUCGAAGGAUAGCUCUAAUGGGACCAAUGAAAUAGGCGGACAGUUUCCUGGAAUUUUGUUUUCAGUAUCCAAGUAGAAAUUCAAACGUUACCCGAACCGUUCCUAUUAACGUAGAGCCCUGUGAAAGUCUACUGGGUCAAGUAGUAAUGGAUUAAUUGGACCAAUCUUCUUAGAUGACCAUGCAGGUAUACACAUGUGAAUGCUUAGACAAACACUGACGGAUAUGGAACUACAAGUGAGAUGACCCAGUAGACCUGUCAGAGUUGACCAAAAACCUUUUUCGAUGUGAUCCUCAAGAGCAAGUUAGAGAACCCUUUAGUGUAUAUGAAGAAUAAUAAUUUUCAACAACGCAGAAGAAGUUUCUGGAAGCUAAAUGUUGUUUCAUUCAGUGGAAAGUAAUAUUUUGUAUGCUUUCUUUUGG